AUGUCUUUGAGCAGCUGUGUACGCCGCUCUAUCGUGAGCAGAGUCUCGCCAGCAUUCGUCCACCCGAUUUCCGCCUCGCUCCUCCGUCCAGCUGCAUUGGCAUACCGUCCCUUCUCACUAGCUGCAAGAUUCGCCCAACAAGACCAAGAGAAACUUGAACGUGAUGCGCCCGAUGCAUCUGAAGCCAUUGCCCAGUCGAUCGGAUCCACCGAUGAUGCCUCAGUCCCUCCGUCGACAGAGGUAGAAGCAGUCCCUUGGUACCUACAAGUCGACACUCCCACGCCACAGUCAGAACACCCUUUCGCCGAGCGCCAGAAACUUCCUGAACUGCCUGACACCCCUCCUGCCCUACUACAACCUAUCCUUGAGCACGUCUCGGUCGAGCUAGGCCUGGACCAUCUCUCCCUGAUCGACUUGCGCGAACUUGACCCUCCUCCUGCCCUCGGCGCCAAUCUUAUCAUGAUCAUCGGAACUGCUCGUUCGGAAAAGCAUCUUCACGUUUCGGCCGAUCGCUUGUGCCGCUGGCUGCGUACUGAACAUCGUCUGACUCCUUAUGCCGACGGUCUGCUUGGUCGCAACGAGCUUAAGCUCAAACUGAGGCGCAAGGCAAAGAGAACUCGCUUGUUGAGCGCUGUCGGUUCGAAAGAGACUGCAAGUCAAGAGCUCGACGAUGGUAUCAGAACAGGCUGGGUCUGUGUCAAUGUCGGCAGAGUCGAAGGCGGUGCUCUCCAGAAGCCUGCCGAAGAGCUGCAAAACAUUGUCGGUUUCGGCACUCGAUCUUCUGGUUCUAGAAUUGUCGUUCAAAUGAUGACGGACGAGAAGAGAGGCCAGAUUGACCUUGAGACACUAUGGAGCGGCAUUCUCAGGCGCUCCGUCAAGGCCAAGACUGACAAGGAUCAAGAAGUCGACGACGCAGAGAAGCGUGUGUCUAGUGGCUUGCUGCUUGAAGAGUCAUCAGACGCACCUGGUUCUUACCGCUACCGUCCCCACGCUGCUGACUAUCCCAGCGGACAACAGGCUCGAGCAUUCCACUCUGCUGCCGGACCAUCAACACAACAAGGUGCGCAAAUUUCAACAACUACUCAAAUCAAUCCCCAUUCUGACAGAUCUGUGCAAAGUGCCCUCAUCCUGAAUCACAUGGUCAAUCACCUCAAGACAAUGAGCCCUAGCGAUGCUUCUCAUGCACUUGGUAGGAACAGCAAAGAUCAGGAUACCGCUCCUUUUCUCCAAGCCUUUUACAGCGCCAUGCCCAGAUUUCUAGAGACGACGCAUUGGCAUGCGCACAUCUCGCUUCGCUGCUAUGCGAUUCGCUUGGGUCACCCUGGCUAUCCUUCCACUUGUCUGAUCCUAGACUUAGAGAACAUGCAUCUUGCCGGCCUAGUCCCGGACGAGCAGACCUAUCUAGCCGUGCUGGAGGCCAUCAUGCUCGGUCUUCUUGAAACAGUACCUACCGCCGAGACUCACAUUGAUCAGACAAGACUGCGACGAGCGCUCACUGUCAUGGAAAGCAUGUUUGAAGACGGGUACGAUCCAGUCAGCAACUCAGUCUGCCAGAUCUUGUAUCAGGCUACCUCCACCAGACCCACCAUGGUUGAGCAAUCUCAAAAUACCACGACCGGUACAUCUGCAUCAGUAAACUCACAACCACUUACUCUACAUCAACUUACCUCUGCUCUCUCUGUGUAUGCUUUCCGCACUGCCGCUAAAACAUCUGCUUGGUCUGAGUUCUGGGAUGUUUGGCGCUCUUUUCCUCGCCGUAUGUCGCCACGCUCAAGUGAUAUGUAUGUGAUCAUGUUUGACAAGAUCGCUGAGAGGAAAAGCCAAAAACACGCCAUGGAUGCCUUGCGACAAUGUGUACCGGAGAUGGUGCGUGAGCAACCCCCUGUCAAGUUUGGAGGUCAGGUAGCUGCUGCCAUCUUACGUUGUCUCCAGGUUGCAGAACCUCAAGCUGAGAGAUUGGCUCGAGAGGGCAACCGUGGUGAAUGGGCAGUGCUCUAUAUGCGAUGUGCUAAAGCUCUGGAAAUGGUUUGA